UCACGGUAGACGCUUAGUGACUCCAUUUCCUUGAGCAUUCCGUUGUGCCUCAUUUUCUUGUGCUACGGUCAAGCUUGCUACUUUUCCAAUACAAUGUCCUUCAAUCGAGGAAUAAAGCGAGAUUCCUUCGGGAAUAGAAACUUCAAUAAUCGUGGCGGUGGUGCUGGAGGUGGUGGAGGAGGAAGACUUAGUAACAUGGGUGGAGGUGGUGGUGGCAUGGGUGGUGGAAUGGGAGGAGGAGGAGGUAACAGCUGUGGAAGUGGUGGAAUGAAUCCCUGGGAAGGUGGAAUGAUGCCUGGCAGAGGAAUUUUACCAACACCGAAUAAUAAUCUGUCUUUAGCGUCGCCUCAAGCACAGUUAGCAAUUGCCAGUAAUCUCCUUACAAAUUUGCUUCGCAGCCAACAAGAUGUACAGCCACAGCAGGUACCGUCGCUGCUCAGUCUUGGCAAUAAUUUUUCCGGGUCAGGACCGAAUUUUUCAAACCAGCAGAGCUUUCAGUCAGGGCGUUUUAACGAUCGUCCUGUAAGGCACCCAAUGAAGAACCAACGGCCUCAACCAUACAACAAGAUGGGCAAUCGCGCCCGUGAUGGCCCUGCUGGGCGACGUGGUCCAUCUGCACAACAAUCUCGUGCACCCCAGUCUGGCAGUCAGCGUAUGAACGGAAACCAAACACAACAUCGCAACGAUAAAUCUUCUAAACCAAUUCCUGCCUCUAAACAAAAUCAGACUGCCAAAAAGGAACAGCAGGACAUUAAGACCUCUGAUAAUGAAAAAGCAGAAGCACCUGUUGCAAAAAGCGAUGAAAUUGAAGAGUCUGAAGAUAAGAAGCGUGCAUGGAAGGACGAGAAGAAGAAAUACGAGAAUGUUCAAGUUGUUGUUAAGUUAGAUGAAUCUGAGAAAUCCCCGGACGAUUCUGAAUUAAAAACGGAAAAAUCUGCCGACGAGGCAGGAAAGGAUGCGAAUACGUCCGGAAAUGAGAAGGAUUCAAAGAUGACCGGCAAGAAAUCCGAAGCCAGGCAUGCUGAAAGUCGUUACGCGGAAGUCCCAAUGAGCCACAUGUUUUGUCAUAUUUGCAACAAACAUAUGUGGGAUGGAUAUUCCUUCGAGAAUCAUUUACGAGGACGAGCGCAUCAAUUGAUGAUGGAAAAGCUGGACGAAUCGUACAAAUUGAAAGUCGACCUGAUGAGACACGACUUGAGAGUGGCGGAAGAGCAACGCGAGCUUAGUUUAACUAAUUCGAAACGUCGUGGGAAAAAAGUCUCCGUGGAUCUCAAUGUAAGAGAAUACUGCACGAUGUGCGAUUUGAAUUUCUAUGGAACGUUAUCAACGCACAGAAAGAGCGAGAAGCAUCAGCAGUUGAAAACAUUUUUACAUCCAAGAUGUUUUCCUUGCCUGAAAGAAUUCCCAUCGCGUAUCGAAUACGACGAACAUUGCCUGACGCCUGCGCACAUGAAGAAAGCUGUGCAAUGCGAGGAGCAACGGAAAAAUAAGAAGAAAGAAAAACUUGCGAAAGGAGAAGCCGAAGUGCGCACCGUCGAAGAUGAAGAGAAAGAUGUUGGUCCUGAUACCAAGAACGAAAAGGAAGAAGAAGCUGUUGUCGGAGAACAACAAGAAUACAUAACGGAUAUUACAGAAAACUUGGGCGAGAAGAAGUUCAAGGUACCAUCCUAUAAAUACUGCAGACAGAAUCAAAUUUCUAUAGGGAAAUCCUUGGUGAAAGAAGUUCAAGGAUUUUAUUGCGAAAAGUGCAGAAGAUUCAUGUUGUUGGCCGAUGAUAUGAACGCUCAUUUACGUAGUAUCACUCACUACCGGAAUUUCGUGCAAGAAGUGAAGUCUCUAACUUCCACCCCUGAGAGUGCUGAACAAAAGUCCACGGAAAAGACUGAGGCAAGCGAAAGUUCUUCGGAAAAUAAUAAAGAGUACGAAGGAAAUUGGAAGCGUCGCAAAUUGACCCAUUCCGAAGAAGAAGAUAAUAACGAAGAACCGAAAGAGGAGCAAGAAAAUAGCAGUGAGAACGCAAACGCGCAGAAAAAACCCGACGGAGACGAGAAGUACGAUCCGCUUGAAGCUGACGCGGAAUCCGAGGAGGAGGAGCAUCAUGAAACUGAGAACAGCAGCGAACAGUCGUCCCUAAAUACUUCCAAUACUCAAGAGAAAAAGACACCGGUCGAUAAAAUGUGGGCUGACAUCGACAACGACAAUGAUGCGGAAAUAGGUAACUUGAUCGACGACGGCGAUGAGAAAGAGCCCGUCGAACAGGAGAAACCCGCACCGAAAUUGGACAGAGAGCAAAGUCCGCAAAUAAAACUAACCCGUGGCCGAGGUUUUGCUCGCGGUCGCGGCGGUACACCCCGAGCGCGAAGGGCCAGACGAUAAAGUGAUCUCUAUUCCAAAAUUGGGGUAAGCUUGGAUACAUUACGCAAUUAUACAAUUUUGUACUAUAUAACAGUUAGACUUCACUAGUUUAUCUUGUUUACUCGAGUCGUUUAUGUUGAAGUAAUCGGACUUUUUAUUCACCGCGGCAGAAUGUAUGGCAAGUUGCUACGUCGUAAAUAGGUUAUAUUUAUGACUGACUUUUUACACGCAUGAACUGAAUGUACUAGAAUCAUUCGCAUACCAUUCGCGCGCAAUGGUAAACGUGAGAAUAUUAAUUAUUUAUUAUCCAAGCUUAUUCAACAUCGAAGGUUUUAAUUAUUACUUAUUAUUUACAAUGAACGUAUACAGAUUUGUAGUGUAUACAGAUUCUUGAACAGAACGAUAGAUUUAAAAUUAAGGAAAACAAAAAAGAUUAAGAAACUAUACUCCCGUGUAUCUUGUAACUAUUCUGUAUGAGGAAAAUCCUAUCAAUAUUCAAGUAACUGAGACACGUCAAUGGUUUUUAAAGUA